AUGGCCGAAGUGCCCACUGUUGCUAUCGAGCAUGUGUAUAUUUGGAAUAAUACCUCUAUCAUUCAGGAUGAAGUCCUCUCUCACCGUCUUGGUUUGAUACCUCUGGCUAUUGAUCCACGGAAACUAAACUUUAAGCUACAGGAUGAGGCGAAUGAUCAAAAUACUGUUGUUUUCACACUCAAGGCAGAGUGCAAAAAGCGCAACACUGGUGAUGCAACCAUCGAAGGUCGCUACGUUUAUUCGUCGAUGUUAGAGUGGGAUCCUAAGGGUGACCAAGCUGAGCUGAUGUCUGAUUCACCACCGAGACCCAUCCAUCCCGAUAUUGUAAUUGCAAAAAUGGCGCCGGGGCAAGCCAUGGAAAUGGAGCUUCAUUGCGAAAAAGGCAUUGGCAAAGAUCAUGCCAAAUUCUCCCCCGUCGCUACGGCCACAUAUCGUCUGCUUCCUCUAAUUGAAAUCUUGCAGCCUAUUCCCGAACCUUUAAUCCCUAAGCUUAUCGCUUGUUUUCCUGAGGGUGUGCUUGAGCGAGGUGGUAAAAAUGGGGUUCAGGUCGCAAAUGCUAGAAAAGAUACAGUAAGUCGUGAAGUCCUUCGACAUCCCGAGUUUGAAGGUCUUGUCCGCUUGGGACGUAUCCAAGACCAUUUUAUGUUCUGCGUUGAAUCAACUGGUGUAUAUGAGCCGGAGGACCUGCUUCCGGCCUCUAUUGAGGUAUUGCGGAAUAAAAUCGCACUCCUCAAGCUUGCACUAGACGACAUGCCGAGUGCAUCUCACGUAUGA